AUGAGUGCCGAUUUAGUUAACGAAAAUCAAGCGGUACACACACAAUGGGACAAUAGGACCCCUAAGGAGAAACGUGAAUACCGACUUAGACUUAGUGCUUCUACUUUGCUUGGGAAAAGGUUGUUGAAUGGAGGAUUGGCGUUUCGUGGACAUGAUGAAUCAAAAGAUUCAUUAAAUAAAGGGAAUUUCUUAGAGCUUUUAGAACUCAUGGGUGAAAUGAAUGAAGAGCUUGCUAACGUUAUCUUAGAGAAUGCACCCGCGAAUAACCAAAUGACAAAUGAAUCAUGUGAUGUAUCAAAAAAAGAACAAAUGGUGGUUGUUAUUCGUUUUGUUGAUAAAGUUGGGAUUGUUAAGGAGCGUUUUAUUGGGCUUGUUCAUGUCAAAGAGAUAAGCGCAAUAACACUCAAAACGGCUAUUGAUGAUAUAUUGGCACGUUAUGGGUUAAGUUUGAAAAGGAUUAGAGGCCAAGGCUAUGACGGGGCAAGUAACAUGUCAGGCGAGUUUAACGGCCUAAGGGCUCUAAUCUUAAAGGAAAAUGUUUCGGCCUUUUAUAUUCACUGCUUUGCACACCAACUUCAACUAGUUGUUGUGGCGGUGGCGCACAAACACACACCAAUUUGGAGAGUUUUUGAAACGAUAACAUGUUUAAUAAAUGCCGUUUGUGCAUCUUCUAAACGACAAUAUAUGCUUCGUGAAAGCCAAAGAAGACAAUUUGAAAAAAUGGAAGACGUACUUUGUAUCGGAAGUGGGUUGAACCAAGAAAUGACACUUUCAAGGCCCGGGGAUGCACGUUAG